UGAUAACGUACCUGUUUAAGUUUUUCUCACACAAUUAGAUAUAUGAACGUAAUCACUAACAUUUCAGAGAGAUAACAUCUUACUGGGAGAUGGAUGCAGCAGAAUCUACAAAUGCUUCUUUGCUGAAACACAACUUCACAGACACGUAUGACUAUCCUAUAGAUGAUGAUUCAUACAUCGUAUCUGACCUCCAUUUACUCCUCAUUAGUAUAGUUUCGUUUUGUGCAUUUUUUGUGAUACUGUUUUCCUGUUUCUGUAUGGUUAGGACACUACCAGCUGACCAUUUUACUCUUUCGUGGAUUUCAUCUUACGUUUCUACUGCACCGGACUAUGCUUCUGUACACAUGGUACAUGAUAACAAGAAGGACAAAAAAUAUACCAAUUAUAAAAUAAAAGAAGGAGUGAAGGAAAGUCAGCUAUAGGCAAUGGGAAGAGG